GGCACUCGUCGCUAAUUGAGUUGAACACAGCUGCAAAAUAGAAAAAAAAAUGUUCUCGAAAACUUGGAUUCUCUUCUUCCUGGGCACGGCUCUGCUGGUGGCCACGGCGCACGCCAAAGUCGACGACGUCGACGAGGUCGACGACGCGCCAUCCAGCCAGGAAGUUUCCCAGCCCAAGCUCUGGGCCCGCUUCAAGAACUUCGUCACCAAGAACUAUCGCGUCGGCAAGGAGAGAAUCGACAGCGUGCUGCAGAAGGUCAAGUCCGAGAUCGGCCACUACGCCAAGCUGAGCAAGCAGCAGCUGGCCAAGCUCGUCGAGGAGGGCGGACAUAUCAAGCAGCUCGUCAGUCAGGUUCUGCGCGAGGAGAAGGCCAAGCUCCAGGAGAAACUAUCCAAGUACAAGGCCACCGCCAAGGAGACCGGUCAGGUCUUGGCCUUCAAGUUGAAGCAGUUGGAGCAGAGAGGUGAGGCCCUCAUUGCCCAGAAGAUCCAGGCGGUGGAGAACCUGUGGGAGGCCUGGAAGAUCGAAGCCAGAGAGGCAUAUGCCCAAGCCGAGCGUGACGCCGAACGAGCUCAGAAGCAGGGCAAGAAGCUCGAUUUAGAUUAGAGAGAUGGACGAGGAGUAUAUGAUUAAUUUGUUGUGUGAUUCGUUGACGAUUCGACAUUUUUUUCAAUGUUUCAAACGUAGAUACGUAUAAAUUUCAGAAAUAAAAAUUAUAUUUUCUACUGCUA